ACUCUGUGCCCUUUAAUCACAGACCAUGUUCCGGAGGACCUAAGGGACCCAUUCUACACGGAUCAGUACGACCAGGAACACAUAAAGCCGCCCGUCACCCGGCUGCUGCUGUCGUGUGAGCUCUACUGUCGUGUCUGCACGCUCAUCCUCAAGACGGAGCAGGCAGUAUCCCUCCAGUCCCAUCUGUCCGUCAUCCAGGCUCUCUCCAGGAAGGGGAUUUAUGUGGUGGAGAGUGACGACACCCGAGUCACAGAGGGAGACCUGGCUUGUGUGCCCAUCAAGAUGAGUGCUCACAUGCCAAUGAUCGAUGCUCUGAUGAUGGCCUACACAGUGGAGAUAUUCAGCAUCGAGAAGGUAGUGGCUUCUGUAAAGCGCUUCUCCACCUUCAGUGCCUCCAAAGAGCUGCCAUUUGACCUGGAGGACGCUAUGGUCUUCUGGAUCAACAAGGUCAACAUGAAGAUGAGAGAGGUUACUGAAAGAGAACACAAGGUCAAACACCAUCCACUGGAGUCCCCCAGUCAUCAAAAGGUGCGGUAUCGUCGGGAGCAUCCCGCAGGCCAUCGCCUGAGCUUCCCACUUGUAGAGGACCUGAUGAGAGAUGUUUGCGAUGGAGCUGCUCUGCUAACUGUGGUGCACUACUACUGCCCAGACAUCAUGAAGCUGGAAGACAUCCACCUGAAGGAAGUGCCCUCUAUCGCUGAUAGCCUCUAUAACAUUCACCUGCUCAAAGAGUACGCCAAUGAGUAUCUAAAUAAAAGUUUCUGUCUGACCACGGAAGACAUGCUCUACUCACCGCUAGUGCUAAAGCACAAUGUGAUGGUGUUCAUUGCUGAACUCUUCUGGUUGUUUGAGACCGUCAAGCCGGAGUUUGUCCAGCCCAGAGAUCUGCAGGAAUUCAAAGACGCUCGGGCUGUGGCUCAGCCUAAAAGUGCCCGUCCUACAGUGCCCAUCUCCAAUGCCAAUAAGCGCAGCUUCCUGGUCAGUCCUACCGCGGCUGAUAACCAGAGCAGCCCUGAAGUCUGUAACAGGUACUUCCUGCAUCCUGAAGACCCCGACCCUCUUAAAGGUGGUCCAACCUUCAGCCCCUCCCACCCACUGCUGCCCGUGGGACAGAGGCAACAGAGGCAGCAAGGAGAUGAAUCUGCUGGCCUGAGAAACCGUUCAAACUCCCUGACACAGGUGGAUGGUCAACCACGAGCAUACGUUACUGCAUGGCCGGACAAGAGGCAGAGACCAGUGUCCACACUCAGCCCCUUCAUGUUACAUGUUACAGCCACAGACAAUGAUGCUGACAUGGCCUCUGGUGACAGUGUCAGUCUUGCCCGCUCCAUAAGUAAGGACAGUCUGGUGUCCAACAUUACUAACAGCACCCUGAAACACCAGGCCACCGUCCACCAGUGCUUACAGGGCACAGUGCGUAAAGUCAACGGUCACAGCCUGCUGGGAAACGUCGAAGACGAGGACGAUACUCUGGUGGCAGCAGCCAGGGCCGAUUGUGUUGCCGUGCCUAAACAGACUGACGCAACCCGAAUAGCUGCGGCAGGAGGAUCCAAACCGUACACUGAGCCCAAAGCUGCCUCAGAUAGUUUUUACCUAGAACCACUGAUGCCUGCCCAGCUGAAAACUGCUAAAGAAAAGUCUGUUUGUCUAAACAAGGAGGAGGAGAGCGGGGAGGGACCCCGGUCUUCAGGACGCGACUUCUUACAGCGAGGAGAUGGAUCUGCAUCAGUUGUCCGUAAAAAAACACCCUCCAACCUAAACCAGACAUUUACCCCUUCACGUGAGGAGGCAGAUUCAGAGGAGCCACCUCAUGGUCCUGCAGGAUUUAGGCCCACAUCAACGUCCACCUCUUCGAUAGAGCCCGCUGGAGGGUUCUACCUACAUGUAGACACGGACCAGCCAUCACCAGUCCAGGAUCUGGAUGCUGAGCUGCAAGACCUAGAUGAGGUAGAAGAGGAUUUGGAUGAAGCUGUUCCAACUAAAGAGGCCAACUGGCCCCGCAAAGCUUUCAAUGGGAAAGACGAAGAAGAAUCAGCUAAACUCAAAGAUGACAUGAAUGUUAAAGAGCACGAGGACAAAGACAUGAACAAUGGCAGCGGUCCCUCCAGCCCCUGUCUCAGCACGUACUCGCAGGCCAGCAGCAUGACCAGCAACAUUGUGCGCAUGACCUCCUUUGCCGAACGCAAAUACCAACAACAGCGGUUCGGCAGCAACCAAGACCUACGCUCCAGUGCCUCCAGCUCCCAAAGAACCACA